AUGAUGAAUUUGACAAAAUUGGAUUUUGUCGCCCUUGACAUCUCUGGCAAGAACUACUUGUCUUGGGCUUUUAAUGCCAAGAUCCAUCUCGAAGCUCAGUACCUUGGGACAACAAUCAAGGAAGAAAACAACACAUCCCCACAGAAUAAAGAUAAGGCCAUGAUCUUUCUACGUCAUCAUCUCCAUCAGAGAUUGAAUGAUGAAUACUUAACAGUCAAGGAUCCCCUUGAGCUAUGGACAGGUUUGGCAGAUAUGUUCGCUCACCAAAAGACUAUUGUGCUCCCCAAGGCAAAUUAUGAAUGGACGCAUCUACGCCUUCAAGACUACAAUUCUGUGAUCGACUACAACUCUACCAUGUUUAGGAUCACCUCCCAAAUGAAUCUUUGUGGAGAACCUAUCACUCAGGAGAUGAUGCUUGAGAAAACAUUCUCCACAUUCCAUGCCUCAAAUAUGGUCUUACAGCAACAACACCGAGAAAGAGGAUUCACCAAAUACUCUGAUCUAAUCUCUUGUCUCCUGGUGGCUGAGCAAAAUAAUGAGCUCCUAAUGAAGAACCAUCAGUACGGUCUCACCUUACAGGAUCACAGCCAUUCCCUGAAGUGA